UUUUGUUGUGCCUGUAAGAUUAAAGUUUCUAAAAGUUACAUCGAUGAGCUGCUAAUUUAAUGGAGAACAUCCAAUGCUGAAAUAUUGAGUUGCUGGUGCAAAUUUUAUAAUGGAACUAUCCAAACAGGAACUUGAAUAUCCUCAGAAACUGUUAAAUUAUAUGGAUGGAUUUCUCAUUUCUAAGACUAUGUUUACUGCCUGUGAGCUGGGAGUAUUUGAUCUGCUGGAGAAUGGAGAGGCACUCUCUUCCAAAGCGGUGGCAGAGAGGCUUGGCACCAGUGCUGAUGGCAUGGACAGACUCCUCACUGCUUGUGUUGGACUACAGCUGCUGCAAGUCAAAGGGCACCAAGGCGAAGUCUUGUACAGUAAUACAGAUCUGUCACAAAUCUACCUGACCAAGGCGAGUCCCAGAACACUGUACUAUUCAAUGGCCUAUUAUUCACAGACUAUCUACCAUUGCUUUGCCUUCCUGAAUGAUGCUGUCAGGGAAGGGAAAAAUCAGUAUGAGAGAGCGUUUGGUAUUUCUCCUCAGGAGCUAUUUGAAAGUCUCUAUCGAUCCGAGGAGGAAAUGCUAAAGUUCAUGCAGCUGAUGAAUUCAAUAUGGAAUAUUUGUGGAAAAGCUGUGGUCAUGGCCUUUGAUCUUUCGAUUUUUACUAACAUCAUUGAUCUUGGCGGAUGUACUGGUGCAAUAGCCAAGGAAUGCAACUCUGCAUAUCCACAGUCAAGGGUAACUAUCUAUGACCUUCCCAAAGUCCUCGAAAUGACAAGAAAACACUUUGUGCCUCCAGAUGAAAGGCGGAUUGCAUUUCAUGAAGGAGACUUCUUCAAAGAUCCUAUACCUGAUGCUGACCUCUACAUUCUUGCUAGAAUAAUUCAUGACUGGACUGAGGACAAAUGCCUGAAGCUUCUCAGCAGGGUUAACAAAGCUUGUAAACCAGGCAGUGGAGUAUUGCUGAUUGAAGCAUUGCUAAAUGAGGACCGGAGUGGCCCUGUCACUGCCCAACUGUACUCUCUGAAUAUGUUGGUCCAGACCGAAGGGAAAGAACGAAUGGCCUCUGAGUACAUCAGCCUUCUGGAAUCAGCAGGAUUUAAGGAUGUGCAAGUGCAAAGGACAGGAAAAAUUUACGAUGUGAUCCUAGGGAGGAAGUAAACUAACGUGUCUAAUUUUCACCCUAAAUUUAUUUCACUCUGGUUUAAGCAAAAUGUGUAAAUGUUCAACAGGAAGAGAGGCUAUUUUCUCCAAGAUUCCAUCCUUUAUGCUGUAAAAUGUACCUCUCUAUUCAUAUAUACCAGCUAAUAUAAGGAUCAUAAUUUCACAGUUGACAUCUUCGUAAAGAUAUUUGUUGGUUCCUUCCACUCCAUGGGUUUAUUUCCAUUGGAAACCCAUCUGUUCUCACUCACGUCACUGUGGUUAUGUUGCGGAUAGGGAGUGGCUCUGCAUUGCCAACUGUGACAAUGCUGUGGCUUUGGAGGUUAUAUUUUCCUAGUUUUUUUUAAAAAGAAGUUGUAUGGCACAGGGUUCGAGCAGUUGGGGUAAUGUUAACAGCAUGGAGGAUUUAGCUUUUUUUGUAACAGCCUGAACGGUUGUGGCCAGAUCCAGAUUCCUUUGGUAUUUUUGGUAUUUUGCAGUAGCAUCAGCAGCUAUUGGGGUCUUAACAGAGCUGGAAGCUUCAGUGGAUGUCUCCUGGCUACUAUUAUCUGAAUGUUCUCUUGAUGUUUUUCUCUCCUGUGUCUGAAUUUUCCUUUUUGCCAAGGGGUGUGUUUAUGGGAUGUUACU